AGUAGAGAAUGACACUAUGGUAAAUAAUCGAGUUGAUAUCUUCUUAAAUGCAAAAGGAAACUUAUCAUUUACCAAAUGCGUGUACUAGUACAGUUUAUGUGUGAAAGGGACCUUAAGAGAAGAGAUAUACCAACAUGUUUAAGUGCAACGAUCACAGAAACGUACCAGUGCAGCGACUUCUGACAUUUCACUAGCGUAACUGUGACGCGCACGCAUCGAAAUAAUGUGACAUUGGUUCCACGAGAUUUGAAAUGACCCACUACAGUGAGGACUCACGGGUGAUACCAUUCCAGUACUUUUGAUGGGACAAUUUUACUUAUUUUGAUACCCACACACCAUAGGAGAGACGUUGACGUGAUCAAGAACUGGAUUGCUUUUAAUAUAGGGAACUGGUGGUUGACAACGGCCUAAUAGUAAUAAAGGGAGGGCGUUGAUGUGUAUAUGUUACGCAGCCGGGACGGAGCGGAUGUGGUAGUCGCCAAAGAUAACUGCUUUCCCGUGUCAGUGCUACACAGGCUUGACUUAAUGAACCCCCUCGUCAACUAACGGGGCGGGGCUGGGAGCCGAAAAUGAUGUAAGAGAACACGGAUUCUCAUUAAAGUCCCAUUAUUAUGGUCCGCCCCCCUGGAUAAGGCAAAUUGGCCAUCAUCACGACAGGAGUCCAUUUUUAUCGGGGUACCUAUCUGGAGUGCACCCAAAACCCGCCCUGCACGACAGCCCAUUUCAUAUGUAUAUGUAUCCAUCUACCUGCAUAUUUUAUCAAGCCAUUUCAUCUCAGUCCUUCACUUUACUGACAAGGUACGUGGUCGAGGCGGGGGUCAUUUCGGUGUACUCGUCGUUCACGACCCCGGACGCUCACACCACCAUCUGGACAUUGUCCACCGUGACAGGGGGACAUCUCUUGGGACGCUAUCAAUGGACACUUGUGGACGCAGCAAUUUUCAAAAACAGAUACCUAAAAGGUAGUAAGGAUUUAAUCUUAAUUAGAAAGAAUUAAUUUGGGUUGUUGUAACAUCACAUACUGGACGUAUGUCCACUACGUUUGAUACUGUUCAGGAAGUCAGCGGAAACGCACCGAGUGACCAGUAAGGGGCCUUUCCUGCGAAUGUCCAGCUGCAAAUGACCAUUGAUUUGAGAAAGGAAUCCUUGAACUGAAGAAAUUUAACUGUGAAGGAACUUCUGUCCCAAAAGAGAGAGACCAAUCCAUAAACGUUUAUACGUAAGGGGCACGCAGAGUAAGGAAACGGAAACGGCUUGUGCGUUUACCUGCCAGAGCCUGAUUGUAAUCGCUACGCGUCUGGCGUGGAGGGGCUGGAAAGAAAGAUAAUUACAGCGUCUUAACUAAUUGAAGAGACGACACACACACACGGUCACCAGAGAAGAGGGGCGACGGACUAAGGCCCCAAGAGGAAGAAGGCGGAGGGAAGCCACGAAUUGCAGGGCGGAGCGGACACAGCGAUGUUUCAGCCACCCCCUCACUUGUGCACAAACGGCUCCGUCCCCCCACCGCUGCCGCCUAGGAUGAUUCUCACCGGUGGCUUCAACCACGGCGACCCUUACCGCCAGCCGUACGUCUGGGGGGCUGCACCCCCUUCUCGCCCUCCUUGGCUUCACUUCGAGGACGCUCCACACGGGGGAGACCUCCGCUUCAAUUCGCCCACAUUCCGAUGCGAUCGUCUCAAAACGUUCAUGGUGGAUAAAAAACUGUUUCAGUGUCCGCAUUGUAAGUAUGUCACGGACCGAAAAAACAACUUGAAACGACACGUAGCGACUAUGCACGAUAUCUGCACAAAACUUCUAGAAUGCUGUGACCAAAUUUUCCCAAAUAAGGCGUCUUUGAGGGAUCACGUUGUUAGGUGUCACAGAGACGGCUACGAGUGUCGCCUGUGCGGACGCAACUUUUGUCGCAAGGCGCUCCUGAAGAGACACAUCACUGUGCACAGCGGGAAAAAAGACUUCGUUUGUUCGUUCUGCGGGUACGCAACUAGCCACCGCAGCAACUUAGAGAGACAUAAAAAACGCCACACCCAGGCGAACCAAGGGGGCGGAGGUGAGGAUGCGGAAUCGAAACAUUCCGACAACAUUGAUAUUCUGAACGAUGACUCAAUGGAUGAGGACGACGAUAUCAGAGAGGAGAUAAGGAGCGCGGGCCCCAUGCACAGGACGACCCUAAAACCGACAGGGAGAGAGGCAGCGUCGCUCUUUCGGCCCUUUGAGACAAAUGACAACGAGCAAAGGGAAAACAGGGACUACGACACCGACUCCAAUCCCUCCUCUCCAGAGAUUUGUGAAACGCGGGCUGGCCCCAACUCACUUCUUUAUAGGCACAAAAAGUAUCGCUACAUGGCCGUGCUUAAAGAUAAAGUCUCCGACACGGAGUGUGACAUUAUGCCGUCAACGAUUCAACAUGCCGAUGGCGCAAGGGAGGAGGAGGAAGAGAAAAACAGUGAGCCCUCCCCUGCUUUACUGCAAGCAGAAAGGGCUGGAGCGCAUGAGAAAGCCCCCGUUGUUUUCAAAGAAAAAGAACAAUUAGGACCUAUCCCAAGCAGUGUAGCUCCUCAGAGAAAUGAUGACAUAAUUACAGUUUCGAAAAAUACGGAAAACAAGACGGUUGAUAUUGAAAAACCGUCAUCUCCUGACCGACGGAAAGUUAAGUCGAGCCCUGUGAAGGAGAAGGAAUCUGGAUUUCAGAUAAACAAUUUACUGAAGGACGAUAAAAGUUUUACAACAACGUUUCAUCAUUACAUCGAUCAGCAUUUCAACCAUAAAGACCAUACAACGAGGAAAACGAUGGAACCAUCGUUCUCGCUCCUAGAUAACGAUUUAAAUAGCGAACAGCGUUUACACAUGGCUCGGGAGAGAAACCUAUACGGGGGCUUAACUAUGGAUUACCAAAACCGCCAUUUUGGCGACCUAAUUGGAAGAACUAGUGCGCAUUUACAUAAGUUUCGAUACAAUGACACUGCUAACCCGAGUCUUUUUCAUGCUUCUCGGGACGGCUACCCUAGCUCGCUCUACGAUGCAGGUAGCUAUGGUCACCAUUCACAGGGAUUGGUAAUAACGGCUUUUAGGUGCGACCUGUGUUCCAAAAUUUUCAGAGAUCAGCUAGAAUUACGUGAACAUUACGAGCAGCAUCAUUUAGUGGGGCGAGGCCCUUUUCAAAAACCUGUUCGACUUUUAGCGACGGUUCAGAUUUGCGACUAACAUUACAGUCAGCUGAUUCAUUGUUCGGUGUCGGUUAGGACGUGCACAGAUACACGUAGCUUUUAUGUCGGGUAUAAUUUGGUUGGUUUCAUUACCUAUAUGCUUAACACUAAGUUCCUUUCACGCCUCGGUUUAUCUUUGAACAAUUUACCUGAGAUCUCAUAGUUUGGAAACAAUGACAAAAUAUCAAUGAACGCACAUGACUUGGUUAUUUCAGAUGUUUGGGAUCUUCCAAAGGCCAGAGUCUAGUUUCACAAGCAUUAUAAAAUCAAAUACUGGCCUUUAUCUAAAAGUUAUAGUUAAGUUUAAUUCUGAAGUCCAGUGAACACAUGUCUAACGUUUAGAACACUUCUAAAUUUUUGUUAAACAGGUCAUUUUAGUGGAUUUCCAUUCAAGUCGGUGCCACAAAAUAACUUUAGCCCAAAAUUAAUCUCACUUUAGACGACAAAUUUGGUCUUUAGUUCAAAACCUGCUUAAAUAACAUAUUGGCUUAAACAUUAGCCGUUACACAGUAACUUGGUAUAUUUGGGGUCAAGAAAAACUGUGAUUUUCGGUUUAAGAAUUAGUAUCAAUUUUUGAAUCAAAUUCUAUCGUGAAUCGGUCCCAGGUUUUAUUUUUUAUUCGUUCGAAUUAAAUCACUGGCGAUGAUCUUCUCUUCUGUUUUAAAAAAUAUAUGUCAACAGUUUUUGCUCGGAGGAACGGUUUCCUUGGCCAUUUGUACUGUUAAAUGCGUAUUUUGAUCCUAGCGAGUGCGAAGAAACAUUCGAAGAAUGCCAGUAUGGUAUGCGCAACGUACCUUUCCUGUUACCUCAACAUAAGUAUUUUUCCGUAAGAAAUAAUCAAAAUCUAGUGGUGCUACACCUAUUUAUUGUAACUGCUGUUAGUGUACUGUAACUUUUUAAAAUAGCAAAUCAUUACGAUUGAGAGGAAUCAAAAUGUUAUGAAAUGGCUAUCAAGUGAAUUUGUCAAAGUGUUAAUUUUUUAUGCAAUGAUGUAUUCGUUUAAAAUACUUUUAGAUGGAUGUUUUUUUGCACAGUGAGUUUUUUAAGCAUGCCACAUCAUUGCUUCCAAAGGGGUGUCCUUCUAGUGGUAAAAGAUAAAAUGUUAUAUAAGAUAUAUACUUGAACUAUUGUUAUGUGUCACGAGUUCAUGCACAGAGGGAUACUUUAGAUCAAAUGAAAAUUCCUAUUGGCUCAAAAUAAUUGUUACCGGUACCAUUCACUUUAUAUAAUUUCAACUGAACAUGUAUAGCAAUAAGUGCCAAUGUUUAUCGCUAUAUGUUGUAAUUUGUGUGACCGUGUACCUAACUUACGCCCGUUAAAGUAUAAGUAUUGUGUCUAUCAUUGUCGCAAACAUCAAAGCAGAAAUACCGACAUUGUACUUUAUUGGAAUCUAAAGGACUUUUGUUAGUGCAAUAAAACCUUCAGGCAGGAUAUUUCCCUGUGUGUUGCGACUAUACCAUCAAUUGUUAAAUAGAAUCAAAGGCAAAUGCACAAUCAUUAGCAUUCGAUGCUAAAAUGCACAGAUACGUUUUCAGUGCUCUACAGAAGUAUUAUUGUAUGCACAUGGAUAAUAAUGAAUUUCAUAAAAAUAUUUUGAAUGUUAUUGUUUCAAUGUUAGAAUAUUUGUUGGGUAUGUUUUACACUACUGACGAAACGGUCUGAAACCAUCUUAGUUGUUGUUACUUCAAAAGUGAAGAUAAUAAGUCUUGCUGACACAGGGUGUUUAUAUGCAUUUUUUCUCUACUUCAGAUACUCUCUAUUCGAAUGUUGUUAAGUCUUAAAGUUUUUUUUUUAUAAUUCCCCAAAGAACACAUGAGUUCGAAACUGAUAUUUUGUUUUAAUUUCAUAAUCUUGGAGAUUAAUCGUUACGUAUUUAUCUGAAGUACAUUGACUUCCUUUACCAGACCUGAAAUAUUGCAAGCCUGUUGCAAUAUGUGGACUUUAUAUAUAUUCUUGGAACAUUUUAACUUUUUAACUGUUAUUGGGUAUUUGUUUCAGCAUAUGCUGAGGAAAGGCUUGUGUUGAAAACAUUUACCUCGAUACUGUAACUGGCUCAUUUUCAAAUAUUAUCCCUGUUGGUUUCCUUUCGUUGUCAAUAAAAUUUAUGUGGAAAUACUUGAUGUCUCUUCUUAGAUUAUA